GCUUACCUGCGUUCCUCAUGCAGUCCAACGUGGGACGUUUAGCCAGCGUGGUCUGAGUUUUCACGGGAAGGCGUGGACGUUUGUGCUCUAAGCUUCGGCUUAGCGGGCCUUUUUUGGCUGCGAAGUUGGUGGGUCUUUUUGCACUGGUACAAGAGCUCGUGGCGGGCUGCGCGGCGCCCUGACCUGGCCUCACUAUGUUGGUGCUAUUUGAAACGUCGGUUGGCUACGCCAUCUUUAAGGUUCUAAAUGAGAAGAAACUUCAAGAGGUUGAUAGUUUGUGGAAAGAAUUUGAAACUCCAGAGAAAGCAAAUAAAAUAGUAAAGCUAAAGCAUUUUGAGAAAUUUCAGGAUACAGCAGAAGCAUUAGCAGCAUUCACAGCUCUGAUGGAGGGCAAAAUCAAUAAGCAAUUGAAGAAAGUUCUAAAGAAAAUAGUGAAAGAAGCACAUGAACCUCUGGCUGUAGCUGAUGCUAAACUAGGAGGAGUCAUAAAGGAAAAACUGAAUCUCAGUUGUAUCCAUAGUCCUGUCGUUAAUGAACUUAUGAGAGGAAUCCGAUCACAAAUGGAUGGAUUAAUCCCUGGUGUAGAACCACGUGAAAUGUCAGCCAUGUGUCUUGGGUUGGCCCACAGCUUGUCUCGAUACAGAUUAAAGUUUAGUGCUGAUAAAGUGGAUACAAUGAUUGUUCAGGCAAUUUCCUUGUUAGAUGACUUGGAUAAAGAACUAAACAACUACAUUAUGCGAUGUAGAGAGUGGUAUGGCUGGCAUUUUCCAGAAUUAGGAAAAAUUAUUUCAGAUAAUUUGACAUACUGCAAGUGUUUACAGAAAGUUGGUGAUAGGAGGAACUAUGCUUCUGCCACACUAUCUGAAUUUCUGCCAGAAGAAGUUGAAGCUGAAGUGAAAGCAGCAGCAGAAAUAUCUAUGGGAACAGAGGUUUCUGAAGAAGAUAUUUGCAACAUUCUGCAUCUUUGUACCCAGGUGAUUGAAAUUUCGGAAUAUAGGACUCAGCUCUAUGAAUAUCUACAAAAUCGAAUGAUGGCCAUUGCACCCAAUGUUACAGUUAUGGUUGGAGAAUUAGUUGGAGCAAGGCUUAUUGCUCAUGCAGGUUCUCUUUUGAAUUUGGCUAAGCAUGCAGCUUCUACAGUUCAGAUUCUUGGAGCUGAAAAGGCACUCUUCAGAGCCCUUAAAUCUAGACGGGAUACCCCUAAAUAUGGUCUUAUUUAUCAUGCUUCACUUGUGGGCCAGUCAAGUCCCAAACACAAAGGGAAGAUUUCUCGAAUGCUAGCAGCCAAAACCGUUUUGGCUAUACGUUAUGAUGCAUUUGGUGAAGACUCCAGUUCUGCAAUGGGAGUUGAGAAUAGAGCUAAAUUAGAGGCCAGAUUGAGAACCUUGGAGGAUAGAGGGAUAAGAAAAAUAAGUGGAACAGGAAAAGCGUUAGCAAAAACAGAAAAGUAUGAACACAAAAGUGAAGUGAAGACAUAUGAUCCCUCUGGUGAUUCCACACUUCCAACCUGUUCUAAAAAACGCAAAAUAGAACAGGUAGACAAAGAGGGGGAAGUAACUGAAAAGAAAGCCAAGAAAGCCAAGAUUAAAGUAAAAGUUGAAGAGGAGGAGGAAGAAGAAGUAGUACUAGUAGAAGAAGAGACAUCUACCAAGAAGAAGAAGAAAAAGGAUAAAAAGAAACACAUUAAAGAAGAACCAGUUUCUGAGGAAGAGCCGUGUACCAGCACAGCAAUUCCUAGUCCAGAAAAAAAGAAGAAGAAGAAGAAGAAGAAAGACAUUGAGGACUAAUGGAAAAGGAAACAAUUUUGGCACCUGGAAACAUCAUGCUUAAGAUUCGGUUGGGAGUAUGCCAGAGAUGCUCUCUAAAAUCAUCAAGGAGAGGUUGAAUGAAACAGUGAUUAAUCAUCUCUAGCUUUUCACACUUGUGUCUUUAUGUCAACUCUUGUUAACCUUAUUAUGUCAACAUUUGUUAGAGUCUUUGAUAUAUAAAUAAAAAUAUUUUCUUUGUAUUUUAA